AAUCGAAAUGGACAGGUAUAAAAUAAGGUGAGACAGAAGCAAAACUUAUUGUGAGGACAGAAACUGAUGAACUGCAAUGUUCAAAUCAGGAUCAACUAGCGUUCUGUUGCUGACUCUCCUUUUUGAGAGUGGAAACUUCUUAAUAAUGAAGAGAGGGUUUGCUGCUGGCCGUACAAAUGUCACUGUGCGGUGUCCUAAGCCUACAAGUUGUAAUGUGGACGGCUUCGAAAAGCAUUGGUACAAAAUGGACAAUUACUGUGUCAGAUACUACAACCAGCCUCUUAACUUCAGUGAUGCUGAGUUCAGCUGUCGGGAGAAAGCCCCUGGUGCACACCUGGUGUCAGUGCAUAAUAAAAAGCAUAAUGAGAUCUUGCUCGACAUUGUGAAAAAAUUCAACCCAAACAACCUGCGCAUCUGGCUUGGAGCCUUUGAAUUAUUUCAGUCUGGUAAAUUUCUUUGGCUUGAUGGAUCCUUCUGGGACUAUGAAAUUUGGACAACUGGUGAGCCCACCAACAUAUACAAUAGCAAAGAGGAAUGCCUGGAGAUGAACUGGAAAGAGACUGGUAGAUGGAAUGAUGACGCUUGUUCUUACAAGAAAAACUACAUAUGUGCCUUCAAAAUACCAUCUUGAAACCAGGCCCUGAGAAGAUGGAGUUUUAUCUGGGUAUCAUCCCAUUAAACUUUCUGAAUAAAAUUAUUUUCUCUGCAUCAACAAAAAACUUACAACAAAAAAAAAUCUCAAAUAAUAUAAAACAUAAAAAAAUCUAAAACAAUUCUUCGGAUAGCUUGAAAAUGAUAAUAAAAAGAAUUUACAAUCAAAAUUAUUAGAUGAUUUUGUUUUUUUAUUGUUUGUCUGAUUAUAAUGACCAUAAAUAUUAAGGAGACCAGAUUUCUGAAAUGGAAACUGGGGAUAGUUAGUCAAAAUGCCAUUUAAAUCUCUGUUUGUGAACCCCUUGCAGAAUCUGUGAAAAUGGGAAUAAUUAAAAAAAAUAAGAGAGAUCAUAGAAA